AUGCUUUAUCCUUUGUCUGUAUUUCUGGCCGUUACCUUGAUGUUAGUUUCCUCAACAUGGGGUCAUAUCAUCACUUAUCUCCCCUCUAAGGGAGGUGGGGUAUCGUACAGCUUUAACAUACCAGAGAAUACAGCAUCUGAUAUCAACGGUACCAUAUAUCUUCAACUGAGCGCACCAUCUCAUGCAAGAUGGAUAGCACUCGGCCAGGGCGAGCGAAUGGCAGGUGGGAGCAUCUUUCUCAUCUACCCUUCGCCUGAUGGCAGCGUCACUCUCUCUCCACGAAAAGCAUUCGGUCAUCUUGACGUCUUCUAUGAUCCCAAUAUCCAGGCUUAUCUUCUUGAAGGUUCUGGGGUCCAUGAUGGUGUGAUGACAGCAAAUAUCCGUUGUGAUAACUGCAUGCAUCUAGACAAUGGAGAUAACAUAAUGGGAAGCUCUAGCCCGUGGAGUUGGGCUAUGUGCCAUGGGUAUCCAUUGGUGUCAUCGGAUGUUGCUGUGCAGAUUCAUAAGCACGAUAUUCAUGGUAGCUUCACCUUGGAUUUGACCAGAGCCAUUGGUGGCAAUUCGUCGAAUCCAUUUCUCGACUUGACAUACCUGCAUCACGAUGUCACCCCUUCCUCAAGAGAGCAUGUCAUUGAUGAUGCUUCGCUUUACAGCAAACGUGUUGCACAUGGUGUGAUGACGCCGAUCGCUUUCGUUUUGAUGUUCCCUGGUUUUGGGCUUCUCUUGCACAUAUACCCAACUCGCCACACUGUUCUGUGGAUGCAUGCUCCCAUGCAAAUAAUUGCAGCCUGUGUAGCGCUGAUUGGACUUGGCUUUGGAGUCUCCGUAUCUAUGGAUCUCAAACUGUCUAAAGGCUAUCAUCCUACUAUAGGUUAUGUUUUGGUCGGCGUGGUCGUUCUUAUCCAGCCUGUCAUAGGGAUUGUGCAACAUCUGCAUUUUCGAAGAUCAGGAGGAACCACCAUCUACGGUGUCUUACACCGCUGGUUCGGGCGCCUAUUAUCAGCCAUUGGCAUCCUUAAUGGUGGACUAGGGUUUUACUACGCGUAUCAGCAUACCGAGGAUAUCCCACCGGUUCCACCGAUCAUAUACGGUAUGGUCUGCGGAGGAGUAUGCAUGUUAUAUGUCUUUGUGGUCAUGUGGCGUAGGGAGAAGACGAGCUCGCAAGCUGUUAUCGCUCAGUUGCAGACCGAGUCCCUUCAAAACAAGAGCGGUUUGGACCAAGGCAGUGACAAUCUUGACCGUGCGCAGUCGGGAUCUGUUGAAUCUAGCAGUAUCUUGGAGAAGAAGUGGCAAUUGUCAUGAUAUCACGCAAGAUGACUGGCCCUGUUUCUAUAGUGGCCUUGGUAUUCCUAAUAAGCAUGUUUAUCUCCUGGUAGAUUCGGGACCCUCUCGUACUUCGUCUAUUCGUCUUGAUAUUUUGCCAAGUGAACGAGGCACUGUUCGAUGCAACUUCUGAUUCAUGUAGUAAGAAAGGGAUGUAAAUAAUAUGGCACGAUGUAUAGCAGCCUGAGGCCAUCUAUAGGGCCUGGUUAGUCAGCGGACAACGACCACCUGAAACCAACGCCGGUGGGAUGGGCUCAGAUCUCCCAUCGAGGCUGUAAACUUGCUUCUGGAAUUGAAACUGUCAUCUGCUGUGCCGUGGUGCAUGUGACCACCUUCUCAUACUUCGACACGCCCUGACUAACCCCUCCUCUGACCUCCGACUAAAGCAGCUCUCCGCGA